GAAAAUAUGACUUAUGUUUUAUUUUUUAUUUUUUUAUCCAUGCUGUGAAAAUAGAAUUUGAAGAAGCUGGCAAUCUGUUAGAAGCCAACAAAGAUGCAGUCACCAUAAGCAUCGAAGAUGAUUUCAAACCUGAGAAGCAGAGGAAAGCUGCUGGUUUCGCUCCCGAUGGGGAAGACGAGGAUCCACUUGCCGGUGAUGACAAGACAGAGCUUCUCUCCGGGCAAAAGAAAAGUGUCCCUUUCUGGACGUUUGAGUACUACCAGAAAUUCUUUGACAUCGAGACACAUCACGUGAAGGAAAGAAUCAUUGGAUCAAUGGUGCCAUGGCCUGGAAAGAACUUCAUUCAUGUCUACCUACGAAGAAAUCCUGAUCUUUAUGGUUAACAUUUAAACAGUUCAGCAUUCAUGUCCUCAUUUUCUAAUAUUUGUAA